AUGACAUCCGUCACAUUACCGUCAGGUUCGGGUACUUUAAAUGGAGGAUAUUCAUCGUCUAUGACGGAAAAGUUACCCAACAACAAACCUGAUUUUGAUGCACUACGCACAAUAAAACGUUCCCUCAGUUUAACAUCAACCGAUUCAUGUAAGAAACGUCGGAAACAAUCUACUCCCAUUAGGAUAUCAACCAGCGAAAAAGACAGUCCAACUGCUAGUCCUGUUGAAGGUAAGUCCGUGCCUUCACCUGAACCAAACCAUCGCUGUUUAUUGUGUCAACGUUGUUUCUCAUAUCCAGAGCAGCUACAAAAUCAUAUUUGUGAGAAUCCUUCUUUAGAGUGCAAGAAAGAACCCGAUGAACAUCCUACUACACCAUCAUCAGUUUCUUACUUGGACCAACCAGAUACACCAUUAGGACUCUCCAUGAUGCGAUCUGAUAUGCAAUGGGUGAACGAUAUGCAAAAUAAAGAGUGGAUUGGUUCUAGUUUACCAAACAUCUCAUUUAACGCAGCUAACCCUAUGUUUAUGGCUCUACCUCAAUAUUCACAUUCAGACAAUAUUUCUCUUAAACCUAUCAGAAUUUUUAACCCAGAUGCUUACUGUGAUCUUUGCAACAAAGAAUUUUGUAAUAAAUAUUUUCUUAAAACACAUAAAGCAAACAAGCACGGAAUUUACACAGAUAGUUCUUCUUCGGAGCCAUUGCCGGCAUCUGUGAAUAUACCACCACUUUCAACUAACCUAAAGUUACCUAACCUCGUGCCAACUGCAGACCAGUCAACUGCAACAAAUGAACCAAAAACGCCAGUAAAUAUGAUUAACCCAUUUAAUAGUAUAUUUCAAAACCCUUUUAUAAACCAGACAACUCUAACUGAAAGUGAAAUAAACGAAAACGUUGCCAUGUCAAAUGGGAUGUCAUCUUCAAGUGACAGUGAUAAAUUUUUUUCCGAAGAUCAUCGCGCCGAAGAAAACACAAGUCCUUGUAUACAAACCGAAUCUACCUCAAUAAAAAACGAUCCAGAUGGAUUCUUUCAAGAUACAUCGAGUAAAUUAUCGUCUGAUCAAACAAACCGUGAAUCAGACUUGUCAUAUCGUUUAAGAAAAAUUGGUGUCAUGAAUCCUAAAGCAUUUUGUGAGAUUUGUUGUAAGGAAUACUGUAAUAAAUACUUUUUAAGAACACAUAAAUUAAAGCGGCACGGUAUAUACAUUCCAGACGACAAAGAAAAGGAUAUAAGGGGUGAAUGCAUGUCAGGUUUCUCCUCGUCGACAAACGUACAAACUAGUCCUUUAAAUCUAAUAAUGACAGAGCAGGGAAGCUCCGAUAGUAAAAUUACGUCUCCUACUAGUAUUGGUUGUGAUCUAUGCUGCAUCAAAUUUCAGAACGCGAGUCUUGCCCAUUUGCACAAUAUUAGUGUUCAUGGAAGGGUAUGUUCUAGGGAAUCUGAAGAAUCGGACAGACCAUCGCAGCCAGACGUUAAAGCUUCCGAGGGAUCAAAAUCAUCUGAAAAAUCUGUAAACCCAGAAGCCAUUAGCGAAGACCUACAAAAACUUCAAACAAUGAUUCUACAACUUAAUGAUAUCAAUAUAACUAAAGUUUCUUCCAACUGUACUAUUUGUAACAAGGAAUUUGAGAACAGAUUUUUUCUUCAGUCUCAUAUGAUAUCAGAACAUAGUUUACUACUAGAUGAAGGAGAAUGUGAAAAAUCUGGAGACCAAGAAACAUCAUCAAAUAAUAAUACUAUAUGUGAUAUAUGUGGAAAAGACUUGCCUAACUUUGAAGAACUAUCAAGGCAUAUAAUGGAGUUUCAUUCUAAUAACUCAAUGGCAGGUGAUGUCGCUAAAGAAGAUAAUAAUGUUACAAACAGUGGUGAAAAAUUAUCUAGUAGGGUAUCAAUUUCCGGUGGACAUAUCCCAGAACGUCGCAUUUCUAUGAACGUAACUCCCACCAGCAGUUACUGUGAAAUCUGCAACAAAGAGCUGUGUAACAAAUAUUUCAUGAAAACACACAUGCAAAGAAUGCACGGUAUAGAAAUCGAAAAUGGUGCACAAAUUGGUGGCGUUGUAUGUGACAUAUGUAACAAAGAACUAUGUAGUAAAUAUUUUUUGCGUGUACAUAAACAUAACACUCAUGGUAUUAUCGAAUAUGGAGGAAAUCUACUGCCCCCAAGAAAAUCAGAUGGAGAACCUUCAGUACUACCGUCACCUUCUCUGCCACUAGAAGCAGACCCAGCUCUUAAACCCGGUGAUUUGGCAGAUAUGAGUCAUAGAUAUUUUAGUCAUUUCACCGAAGUAUGUACCAUCUGCAAUAGAAGAUUUCGAAGCACGAAAUGGUUAAAAGCACAUUUGAUAACAGAUCACGGCCAGGUAGGAGCUGAAAAAUGGGCUGAAAUCGAACAUCAGCUACAACAAAAUCGAGGAAUAACAACUAAACCAAUCAUGUCUUCAAGCGCGGAAGGUAAUCCUAAUUUAAAAGUACCAAAUGGUAGUCAAGACUUACAACAAAAAGUGGGCGGAGUUCAAAAUUUUAUAUCUAGUUUAUUUGGUAUAGAUGAGGGUAAUUCCAAAAUGUACCAGUGUUCUUACUGUUCAUUCACCUCACCCUUACUGCCACUGUUAUUCGUUCAUGAAAGGUCUCACAUGAACAGCGACGGGUUCUCGUUGAAAUGUCCUGUAUGCCCUCAAAAUUUUGUAGAUCGUAAACUUCUGCAACGUCACUUAUUAUCUAGUCACGCCUUUCUUUUACCAACAACAAACAGAGAAGAAGGAACCAAAGAGAUAUAUAAAGAAAAUUUUGAAGACGAUAGUCUUUCCAAACAAGAACAAGGUAUCUCAACGUCUAGUCAGGGAAAAUGCAAACAACCACCAUCUCCAAUCAAAUCAAAACCAAUUGAAUUGUCUUCUGAAAUCGAACAAUCGUUGAAGGAUGUAGCGAAAAGGAUGCAAUGGCCAGCUACCUAUGCUAUACCACAAAAUCAAUUAGAACAUGAUCAUCAAGAUGAAGCAUCUUUAUCGUCAGGGCCAGGAUAUGUAAUGCAGGCAUUCCUCUUGGAAGAGUCAACUUCUGAACGCAGGGUUAUGCCUUCUGUAGUUGUCUUACCCAUGCUACAGAAACAACCAGCUCCUCUCACAGUUACUUUUACACUGACUCCGGCCUAA